CGGAUCGGAUCGGAUCGCACCGGAUCGGGUCUGGUCGCCCCGGUUCUCCCUCUUGCCCGCCGUCCGUCUGUCCGAGCCCGCCAUGCAGGGCCUUGCCGGGAACGCUAGCCGCGGCCUGACCGGCCGGCCUCCCCCCACCGCCUCCCCCGGGGCCGGCGGGAAGCGCGGAUGCGAGAAUGGUGCGUUCAUGGACAGCUUCGGUAUCUUUCUCCAGGGCCUGCUCGGCGUCGUGGCCUUCAGCACCUUAAUGCUAAAGCGCUUCAGAGAACCAAAGCAUGAAAGACGACCAUGGAGGAUAUGGUUUUUAGACACUUCCAAACAAGCCAUAGGAAUGUUGUUCAUCCAUUUUGCAAAUGUCUAUUUAUCAGACCUUGCUGAAGAGGACCCUUGUUCACUAUACCUUAUCAACUUCCUCCUGGAUGCCACCCUAGGGAUGCUACUCAUAUAUGCCGGCGUGCGGGCAGUCAGCAGCGUGGUGGAGUGGCAACAGUGGGAGUCCCUCCGCUUCGGUGAAUACGGUGACCCGCUGCAGUGCAGUGCAUGGGUGGGGCAGUGCGCACUGUACCUAGUGAUCAUGAUGUUUGAGAAAACCAUCAUCCUCAUCGUCGCCCUGAUACCUCAAUGGAAAGAGGUAGCUCUGCUGAAUCCGAUCAAAAACCCCCAGUUGGAACUGGCAAUUGUCAUGCUGAUAGUUCCCUUCUUUGUCAAUGCAUUAAUGUUUUGGGUAGUAGACAAUUUCCUCAUGAAAAAGGGCAAGACAAAAGCCAAACUGGAAGAAAAGGAAGCUGGCCAAGACUCAAGGAAUGGCAGUAAAAUCCGUUACAGGCGGGCGGCGUCGCACGAGGAGUCGGAGUCAGAAAUUCUGAUCUCAGCUGACGAUGAAAUGGAAGAAUCAGAUGUAGAUGAGGACCUCCGGAGACUGACCACCCUAAAACCUGUGAAGAAAAAGAAGCACCGCUUCGGACUGCCCGUAUGACAAUGGUCCCAACCUGAAACCUUGUUCCUGGGGCAGCAGGUUUUCAUUCUGCAGUGUCAUCCCUCCCCACCCCUCUCCCACCCAUACAUCUCCCCUCUCUCUUCUCUCUCCCAUUCCUCCUUUUACCACCCUCCCCACUUCCUGAGAACUGUGACUUGAAAACAGAUGGGAAGAGAAUAGGUGAUCUGAAUGGGUCACAACAGGCAGUUGAAGAUUCUUAAUUCAGUUGCACUAUAAAUAUACUGACCAAAUAUGCAAGAGAGGCUCGUGUUUAUCAUCUUGUACGGAACUUCCGAUGACGGUAUUGAGGCCUAGGUUCACUGAGGUGACUCACCUGUGACUCGUCCACUCAGCAGGUGUUUUAGGCUUUGUGAGAAACAGUCAUAUGUGGGGACAUUCUGGAGGAAAAAAAAAUCAAAUCAACUGGACUGAUCAAGAUGGACCCAGUAUGUUUUCUUACUCAAAGUGGCUUUUGCAACAUUAAUUCCUAGAGCGGGAUAGUUUUAUGGUUACAAGCUGUAACUGAAUGUUUUUAAAGUUUGUGUUUACUUCCUACAAGGUACCUAUGGAACUAAUAGGCGGAACAAAGAUUUUUAAGUCUUCUCGAUCCUGUUUGACUUUUAUAUUUUUAAGUUAUAUUUUCAUACUGUUCUAUUUAAGGACUUUGUUUUCCUCCCCUGCAGAGAAAAAGAAAUCCCUAACCAUUGUUUUGGAUUGGGGAGUGGGGAGGGCACAGUAGAAGGAGAGAUGUCACGGUCGGAAUCGGCAUCUUUUCAUCUCCUCGGUUAAACAGCAAAGCCACAAAAAGAAGCUUUCACCAGAAAUUAUGAAAUAGGAUUCCAUGUUAAAUGUGGGACAUGAGGGGCAGGGCUGCAUGCCCUACUCUGUGGUCCAGGGUCUUUGGAAAAACAGAAGGUGCCUCUGUAGAUUUGAACCUCAUGCACUUUAUUGUAGAAACCCAACUAGACUCCGGAGGUUGCAGAUUUUCAGCCCCUUAGGCAAUUAGUCAUGCAGUGACAUUGACGGAGCGCCUGCUGGAUACUAGGCACUGGGAAUUUGACUUACAAGGAAGACCGACUUCUCCCAAGAAUUUGCAAUCCUCUCAGCCAUUCUAUUGGAGGCAGGAUGUUCCUGCCUCACUUUCUCUCCUCACCCCCGCUCUCUGAAAUGAAAUCAGCUAACAUCACCGAAACUCCACUUGCUCCCACCCGUGCGAGGUUGCCAGCUGGUUUUGCACACACUGCUAGUUAUCUUCGAAGUGUUUACCGACUGCAGCUUCUCAUUCCCUCCAAUCUCAUUUGGCACCCGGGUCUUGCAUCUCUGCAGACCCCAUGAAGAUGCCCAUUGGGUUUUGCUCCACCUUUUCGGUGACCCUGAGCCUGAACGGUCGUCGGAUCUGUUGCAACUAGUGGUUUGGAACGUUUCCUGAAUGACAGAUUAUUUUAUAGAAACUGACAGACACUCUUUCUCCUCCUCCCGUGAAGCCUCGUGCGAGAAACAACAGUGAAGGGAUUUGCCGAAACCAAGAUGGCGAUGAGGACAUUCUGCAAAGAAAAACAAAAGCAGCUGCUAUGGUAUCUGAACAUCCCAUGUUCCAUGCCUUAAGCCAAACUAGUUCAUUGGAAGACAAAACAGUUUGAAACUUUUUUUAUUUAAAAAAAAAUAUUUUAUAUCUACAUCUUAGGUCUUAAUUGUCAUGUGUUACCAAGGCUUCUGAAAAGGGGUCAUUAAGACUUUGGGAAAUGUUCCGCUGUGCACCCCUUUGUUUUCCUUGGCUUGUGUGUAACAUUCCCCUCUGGCUGAUUGGCGAACCAAGCAUUCGGGUGCUAAAGUGCGGCUUUGGCAAUAAGGAGUUGUUCAAUGUAAGUAUGCUGGCUAUUGAGGCAGUGUGAGAGUAAAGCGGUUGGCCGGUCAUGUUGGGCCAAAACGUGCGGAGGGGAAGCCACCUUUGGCCUCCUGUUGCCCCCAGCUUCAUUUAAAUCUGCCUCUGGCCAGGUAAAUCCCCAUGAGGCAGGGUUGACUGGGUCCCUGCCUACUGAUUUUUGCUGUAUGUAAGUCAGAUAGCUGGAGACCUUCCUCCACAGCCCUGGAUCAGCCCUGGGGGAAGGCUGGCUGGCCGAGGCAAUGAUCUGAAGAGUAGCCGGUCUACAGGUGUCAGAAUUUGUUUGGAAAAAACUAAGCCUUCGUUUGUGAAAGGUAAGAAACCAAUUGAUUGGCUGCACUCCUUUCCCUCUCCCUUUGUGCAAACUCAUAGUUUUUGAACAACACACACGGAGCUGAGACUAUAGAAAACAUCGGGAGCUCUUCCUAUUUAUUUUCGUUUGUUUUUGUUUCAAAAAAAAACAACAACCAAGCCUUAAUUGUUUAAAACCCAGCAGUUGUGUUGGGCUGCCCUGGGACCAGCUGCCCAGUUAGGAAUAAGGAACCCGGCCAAGAAGUCCUAUCCCGUGCUGGAUGCAGAGAGGGAGAUGGAGGGCCUAUAUUUCCUUCAACAUCCUUGUUGGUAAAGGACUUGAUCUCUAGUUUGAAUCUUUGUAGUGGACUAGCAGAACAUCUUUGGGAAGAAUUACAAGCCAAAGACCACUGGGAAAAUGUUGCCUUCCUACGCUUAUUGGGAGAAGAUGCAUUUUUAAAAAUGCUGA